CCGAUCGGCAUGCACCUGAACAAGUACGAGUGGGUAGGACGGCCAGACAUCGGCGACUGUUCCCUGUGGGUCAGGUCGGCGAAUCUGGAGUUCGACGACGGCCUCUGGCAGUGCCAGGUGACAGCCAGCGACUUCACGACGCAGGACGCGUUGGCAUCGGAACCAGCGAGGCUGGUCGUCAGAGUCAGUCCUCAGCGACCGCAGAUAGAGUACGCGGAUCGUCUAAUUCGACCCGGCAGCAACGUGACAGCCCGAGCAGGUGAGAUGGCUACGCUCACUUGCAGAGCGCGGUAUGGGAAUCCUUCGCCUCUAAUUAAAUGGUACGUGGGCGAGACCGAGGUAAGGACUCUGAGGCCUCAGGUAAACUCCACGGAGAUAGAUAAUCCCCGCACUUGGUCGACCUACAGCAUCUGCGACAUCAUGGCCGAACGCUCGCACUACGGGCAGCCGAUUCGCUGCGUCGCCAUCCAUCCGGCCUACGACAACGCGGCCAUGUCCCUCAGCACGGAGGUCAGGUUCGACGUCAGAUACGCGCCCGAGACCAGGCUGGUCGGUGUGCCGACCGGGCAGCUCGAGGAGGGUCGGGACCAGCUGGAGAUUCGAUGUCUAGCCGACGCGAAUCCACCGGCCACGAUCCGCUGGAAGAGGACGAAGAGCCCUGGAGUGACCGAGGUGGCCAGCAUCGGGGAGACGCUGCUAUUCUCGCCGAUCUAUAGGAAUCACGCGGCCGUUUAUAUCUGCGAAGCGGGCAACGCCGAGGGUGAAAGCAGCCCUGUGUCCGUUCAAGUGUCCGUCAAUUAUCCGCCGACGAUCAGCUCGGUGGGGCCGGAUCGGCUGACUACGGCGUUACUCUUUUCCGGAGCCUCGUUCGAGUGCAACGCCGACGCAAUGCCACCGGCUGAAUACAGGUGGGCCCAGAUCUUCACCGAUGGUCGGAUGCCGUUGGAAUGCGGUACCGGGCAGCGAUUGAUCCUGACGAACGUGACGUACGAGCAACAGGGUCAAUACAUAUGUCUGGCCUCGAACAAGAUCAAUGGGAACGUCAGGGAGGUUAAAAGUGACCCUGUGUUCCUGCAAGUGGUCGGUGCACCCAGGGUGGUGAAACCGGCCAUCACGGAGAAGUUUGUCGUGGCAACGACCGAAGGGAGCCCGGCGAAAUUAGAGAUCAGACUGUGUUCCGACCCGAAGCCCCGGCUCGUGGCUUGGGAAUGGGGCAGCACCAGACUCCACGCCGGUGAAGUUCUGGAGUCGCGUUAUCGGGCGUUGGAUCUGGAACCAUUGGAGGUGGAGGAUUGUUAUAUAGCCGUUUUGGAACUGACUAGCACGGUCAAGGAGGAUCAGAGAGUGUACCAUGUAAUCGUGGAGAACGAUCGUGGAAGCGAUCGCAGGGCCCUGAUGUUGAGAGUCGACGAACCGGGCCAGAUUCCACUCGUUAUCGGCGCUGUCGCUGGGUUUACGGUGCUCUCGGUGCUGGUAAUGGGAUUCGUUUGUUUCCUACGCUCGGAUAGAUGUUGCGUGGCCAGAAAUACGGUGCCUGCGCUGCAGCAAGUGCAUUGCACGAAGGCCUCGAACACCAUGAUAGAGGAUUCCCGUUUAGCGGUGGACACGAUGGAACGUGGUAGCCAACAGUAUGCGUCGGAAAAACGACCGAAUCACGUUCUAAAACCCGUGCCGUCGCAGCAGUAUCAACAAGAGUGUUACCAGCACGAUCCACCGCACCAACAGCAACAUUAUCAGAGGCAUCAUCAUCAUCAUCACGGACAGCCUCACGGACCACCGUACACGCUUCAGGGGGAGCAGCUGUUUCUCAAACCAGAUCGUUUAGCAACCCUGAAGCCUCACUGCAAGAUCGAGAAGCCGCCGCAAUACACGACGUUCAAGCCGAGCUCGAACAACUGAAGAUUUUACUAUUUCUAUUUUCUAUUGAUG